UCUAGCUCCAGGCAAAGAGAACAAGAUGGAAGGGAUUACAGUCCAGAGGAUCUUGAGAUCUCUGAGUUGAGGAAUUCACAAGAACAUGACAUAAUUGAUCUAUAUCCUGGAUAAUAACUGCUGGACAGUUCGUAUCUUUCCCAUGUUGCUGUGGAAGUGAUGGCUGCUAUAUACUGAUUUCUGAAUCCAAUCCAUCCAGGAUUCUAAAACUGGGAGAUACAUGCAUGGAAUUUUUUCCUCUUGGAGAUGAUUUGGAGAUGAAUUCAGUCAGAUUAAAGUUAUUGUAUUACAAUGGCUGGUUGACCCUGCUACAGCUGGUGACCCUGAGCUGCAUCUCUUCCACCGAAAGUCUCACUGCUCCGUCGUCGGUGCCCCGGGUCAAAUCUAGCUACAACUUUGGCCGGACUUUCCUCGGACUUGACAAAUGCAACGCCUGCAUCGGGACUUCAAUUUGUAAGAAGUUCUUUAAGGAAGAAAUCAGGUUUGACAACUGGCUUGCUUCCCACCUUAAACUUCCUCCUGAUUACUUCUCCACUUACCCUGCAAACUACUCUGAUGAUACCAAAAGCUGGCGCCCAGUGGAGAUCUCCAGGCUAAUAAGCAAAUACCAACAUGAGCUUUCUGAUAGGAGAAUCUGUGCGUCUGCUUCGGGCUCCAAAACUUGCAGCAUUGAGAGAGUCCUGAGGAAAACGGAGAGAGUCAAGAAAUGGUUGAAGGCCAAACGCCUCACUCCAGACCUAGUGCAGGGUCUACCCAGUCCAAUGCUUCGCUGUCCCUCACAGAGGCUUUUAGAUCGCAUUGUCCGGAGAUAUGCUGAAGUGGCAGAUGCUGGCAGUGUCUUCAUGGAUCACUUCACUGAUCGGGACAAAUUACGCCUUCUCUAUACCCUUUCCAUUAAUGCCCAUCCCAUCAUGUUACAGAUUUUCCCCGGGGCUGAAGGGUGGCCCUUGCCCAGGUACCUGGGCUCUUGUGGCCGAUUCCUGGUCAGCACCAGCACACAGCCGUUGGAGGAAUUCUACAGCUCGCCUGCAGACCAGGCAGCUGACUUGGCCUACCAGCUCCUGGGCAUCCUGGAUUCCCUGAGGAACAACGACUUGAACUACUUCUUUUACUUCACCCGCAUCGAUGCUGGCACGUUUGGCAUCUUUGACAACGGGCAUCUGUUCAUCCGCGAUGCCAGCACAGUGGGCGUCAUUGACAAGCAGCGAGGUAGUCUCACUCUAGACAGGCAAGAAGAAUCCAAGGACAUAUUUAGCUGCCUGGUUUUGGACUGUCAGUCUCCAUUCCCUUCUUGCAGUUCAGUCAAGGAGAAACAGAGCUGGGUGAUGGCUUGUCAACAACUGCUGCCUCAGCUUCUCAAAGAGAAAUUUCCCCAACCCAUCCAAGAGCAGAUAGACUCUGCUCUGGUUCUUUGUGGGAACUCCUCGCUCUCAGACCAGGAGGUCAUCGAGGCUGCCAGCAGGCUGAAGGCAAUCUUGAAACCACUGAGAACUUGUGAUCCUCGUUAUGCUUAUCGAUAUCCGGACUGCAAAUACAGUGAUAGAUACUAAGAAGAUAGAACCUCCAUGAAGGAGAGACAGCAACACGGUGCCAACUUGACUUGCCCAAAGGGGAAUGUCAUGGAAGUAUUUAAUAAAUGUCCAAUUACCCCACCCCUGUUCAUUUGCACCUCGUUCUUCUGCUGUUGUUUAGUCAUUUCAGUUAUGUCUGACUUUGCAGAUCCAUUUGGGGCUUUCGUGGCAAAGAUACUGAAGUGGUUUGUCAUUACCUUUUUCAGCUUCGUUUUUCAAAUGAGGAAACUGAGGUAAACAGUGAAAUGACUUGCUCGCUCAGCUUUGAAUUCAAGUCUUCCCAACUACAGCCUCAGUGUUCUAUCCACUGCAUCACCUAGCUUCCCCCAAGUGGAUUGUGCUUGACAUUUAACUUUAAAGACUAGGUGCUACAUUUUCUAGGACUUCUGAAAGUUCGGGAUUACCGUAGGUGAAGUGGAUAGCAGCAUAGAUUUAAAGCUGGAGAGAACCUUUGAAGUCAUCUCAUUUAAAUCCCCACCCACUCCAGUUUGAAGUUGACGAUACCAUUCAUACAAAGUCAUAUAACUAGUAAACUCACUGAACCAUAUUUCCACAAAAUGAGAAAGCUCAGUACCGAGAUGGAAAGAGUUGGUCUCAGACACUUAAUAACUAUGUGACCCUGGGCAAGUCACUUAACCUGCCUGCCUCAGUUUCCUCUUCUGUAAAAUGGGGAUAAUAACACCUAUCUUCCCACUAUUGUUGUGAGGAUCAAAUGAGAUAUUCGCAAAAUAGAUGAGUGCUCUAUAAAUGCUAGCUUUUAUUAUUGUUGUUAUUAUUAAUGUUAAAUGGCAAAGUCAAUACUCAGUCUGUGUCCUCUGACUCCAAAUGGCGCAUCCUUUCCUGUACAUCAUACUACCUCAAUUGCUCUUCUUGCUUUGGAGAAGCUGGGGGUCAAGGAGCUGGGAAGAGAUGAGCGAGAAUAAUAGCAAUGAGGAGAGAAGCAGUUGUCUUUCUUUUCCCACUUCAGCAAGCGAUACCCCGUAGGGAACAAAGGCAAAGAGUUCCAUAUCAUUCCAGGUUCUCUUCUCCCACUAUCUCACUCCUAUGGUUUGGGUCUUUUCUUCUCCUCCUCUCGACCCCCACCCCCACCCCAACUCCCAGUCUUUCCUGAUAGAAUCAGAGGAUGUUAGAACUGAAAGGGGCCUCAUCCAAAUUCUGGCCCCAUCAAAUCUCUCCCACCUCCAUCAAGUCUUCUCUGAUGCAUCUCAAUCUCCGACAUUUUAUUCUCUGGGCCUCUCUAACAUUCAUUACUUCUAUGAAUCUCUUUCAUUUAUAGAUGACUGUAUAAAUGGAGAUUUUGAGCCUUUGGCCUUCAUCCCCCAGAAGUCCCUUAGUAUUUCCCAAAAUUCCCUUUUCCUGCAUCCCUGCAUUUUGCGUGAUUGUAUUUAAGUGGCUCUAAUUCCUCCCUCUUUCUCUUUUUGGACCUGUGACCAGGCUGAAGUCAGGCAGUUCUUUUGCCCUAAUUAUUAGUGAUAAAACUUUUAAAAUAUCAUACUUGGUUAUUGAAUAUAAAUUUUGAAACUCACAUGACUCGGGUGUAUUCUAGGUUUUCUGAAAGCUUUAAGUACAUAUAUGAUUUCAUUUGAUUCUUACAACAAUCUUGUGGGUAUUAUUUUGGAGCUAUUAAUUUCCCCUUUUACAGGGACAGUACCAAAGACAUAGAGAGCCUGAGUGCCCAGAAGAUGGCUGGCCACAUCGCUAAGGAAUAUCAAAGAUGGGAGUCUGGCACUCAAGUACUUACUCCCUGCUUUGCCCUAUUAGCUGCCUUUCAAAGGUGGCCAGGUCAGGUUGGUGUGCAGAUUGGUUUAACUGCUUUCAUCUGACCUAUUGUUGCUGUUGUGGUUGAUCAGCCAUUCAGUUGUGUCCUUUUUUUUUUUAAACCCUGACCUUCAUUUUGGAAGUAAUGCUGGGUAUUGGUUCCAAGCCAGAAGAGCAGUAAGGGCUGGGCAAUGGGGGUUAAGUGAGCUCUCUCUUAUCCAAGUCCAGUAGCCGGACAAAAGUGAGGACCCUGGGAGGCAGGGGCACUUGGGCUUCUGUAUAAAUGGAGAUUUUUAUACCUUUGGACUUCAUUUCCCAGAAGUCUCUAGUAUUUCUCAGAAUCCCCUUUUUCCUGCAUCCUCCUGGUUUGUGUGAUUGUAUUUAAGUGACUGUAACUCCUCCCUCUCUUGGACCUGUGACCAGGCUGAGUUGAGGCAGUUUUUUUGUUUUAGUUAUUUUUAAUAAAAUUUUAAAAUUUAA